CUUGCUGUGACAGUAACAGUAAUGCCAUUAUGUUUUCAUUAUGUGGUAACAGGUAUAUACCAGGCACAGGUGAAGCCAGUUCAUCUUCAAGCUCCCAAGGAACUGACCCAUUCCCUGGAUCAGGUCGAUAUAUUCCCAGUGAAGAAUCCCGGGCAGGUGAUGGAAUGGAGCAAGAAGUUGAUUUUCUUAUUCUAAACUCCAGUGUUUGUGAUAUAGAAAGUGGUGAAGUGCCUGAUGCUGCUCUUCUAGCCAACAAUCCCUACUUCCCUCAGAAGGACUAUGUGAGCUUUGACACUGCCAACUCAGCUGCCUUAUUGGGGAAACUACUUGAGUUCAGAAAAAAUGUGAAUCUGCAAUUGGAUGAGGAGAUUCUGGUUUCAGCAGUGACAGUUGUGGAGAAUCCAAAUAUGGCAGGGUGUCUU